UUUUAUAUUUAACUGUGUAUAUAAUGAAGUAAUUAUAUAAUUAACUAUAUAUCUAAUUUGCCAAAGUUGCCUUAUUUUAUGUUCCAACUUCCUACUGCCAAUAGAUUUUAACAACGCUGCCUUGCACUUACCUUGCUUUGCAUUCUGACGUCAUUCGAAUUACGUCACUUCCUUUGUUAUCAUUCGUAUCGCUUCCUCAUAAAUAAACAUCAAAGCAUUUGGAUUGAAAACAGUUUUCUUCCGGACUUCCUCGUCGCUAUUGUUAUUAUUACGUCAUCACUAAUCAUUGACGUCGUAGUUGUAUCACCCAAACGUCACCAUUAAUCAUCUCGCCCCCUCCCCGAUGCCGGUGGUGUUUCUGCCCUUCCAGGGCGGCCAUACACCCAUUACCGCUGCGCCACAAUUGGUGUCAAUGAGCCAAAUGAUGCCUCAAACAUGCGGCCCUUUACCAAUUGGUACAACCAUGGCUACCAUUGCGGCUCCUCCGACAAUGUACGAGACGACGAUUGUAGGAACGAAGAGAAACAGUGAAGAUGUCUCGCAUUUGAUGGCUGGAUCAAUAGAUAAUGGAGCAAAGAAGAUCAAGACAGACCCAGGUGCGGUAUCUAAAGUUGUCCAUCUUCGAAGCCUCCCCACAGACGUUACUGAUUCCGAAGUUAUACAACUUGGUUUGAACUAUGGAAGAGUUACCAAUGUUCUUAUGUUAAAGGGUAAGAACCAGGCUUUCCUUGAGAUGGAGGAUGAUGAAACAGCCCAACGUAUGGUGACAACCUGCAGUUUAUCUCCGCCUUCCAUCAGACAAAGAAUGGUUUAUGUUCAAUACUCAAAUCAUAAAGAACUAAAGACAGAUAGCUCUCCUAAUCAGUUGAAAGCACAAGCGGUGUUGCAAGCACUCCAACAAACAGAGGGUGGAACCAACCAUGUACUGAGAGUUGUUGUUGAAAAUAUGAUCUAUCCCGUCACACUGGAUGUUCUGCAUACAAUCUUCUCGAAAUUUGGUGUUGUAUUGAAGAUCAUCACAUUCACUAAGAAUAAUCAGUUUCAAGCAUUGAUACAAAUGGGAGAUGCAGUUCAGUCACAGACAGCGAAACUGUCUCUUGAUGGCCAGAACAUCUAUAAUUCCUGUUGUACAUUGAGAGUGGAAUACAGCAAGAUGGCGGCACUGAAUGUAAAAUACAACAACGAUAAAAGCAGAGAUUACACAAGAUCUGAUCUACCUUCAGGGGAAACACUUGACCCGUCUGCAGCUCUGCAAUCAGUUUUGGCUGGUGCUGAUAUGUAUUCAGGUACAUCAGCCCUAAUGCCGAACCCUUACUCACAAGUUCAAAACAAUAACUUUGCAGGAUUGAACGCACAAACAUUAUCUGCAGCUCUGUCAUCAGGAACUGCUGCUCAGUAUUUACAAGGUGCUCUGGGAGCUCAAGAUCUCACUGGAGCGGCUUUCACCAAUGCAGCAAUAGCAGCUCAGCUUGCUGCAGUCACUGGACUCCAACAAAACACAGUCCUACAUGUGUCUAAUCUCAAUCAAGACAUGGUUACACCUCAAGUCCUCUUUAUACUGUUUGGUGUAUACGGGGAUUGUAUUCGUGUGAAAAUCUUGUAUCAGAAGAAAGACAGUGCUUUAGUGCAAAUGAACGAUGGCACACAGGCACAAUUAGCUCUGAGACACUUGAAUGGAGUGAAACUCUUCGGCAAGCAGAUGCAUGUUGUCUUAUCGAAGCACAGUCAAGUACAAAUGCCAAGGGAAGGCCAAGAGGCCGCCAAUCUCACACAGGAUUAUACAAACUCCUCUCUUCAUCGGUUCAAGAAACCUGGUUCCAAGAAUUUUCAGAAUAUUUACCCUCCUUCACAAGUCCUUCAUUUGUCCAACAUUCCAGCUGACAUUACAGAAGAUUUCUUGAAGGAACAGUUUUCUAAAUACGGAACAGUAAAAGGAUUCAAGUUUUUCCAGAAAGAUCGUCGUAUGGCAUUGAUACAAUUGAUGUCAGUAGAAGAGGCUGUGGAAGCACUUGUGAAUCUCCACAAUUUCAAGUUGAGCGAUUCCAAUCAUUUGAGAGUUUCAUUUUCGAAAGCUCAAGUUUAGUCAUGUGACUAGAAACAAGCCUUCUGAUUGGCUGAUGUGUGAUUUUACUACGUUCCACUUAGUGGUUGACUUUUCUUGUUAGUAUUCUUUGAAGAGAGAAUUGGACUUCACAAAGCUGUAUGUGUAGUGUUUCCACCUCAUUUAGAAAUCACGGUUUCUUGGUCGAAUCCCACUUUUAUCAUCAUGAUUGUCUUAUAAAAUUGUUUUGGAUGAAUCUGUAUGGUGCUCCCUGCGAUAUCCAGGGCUGGCCAAUAUCAGAUAAAAUAUUUGAUGGUUGGAUAUUUUUUUUUACAAAAUGAAAAGAAUAUUCAAAUAUUUUCUUUGCCAUUAAUUUACAGCCACGCAUCCAGGUCUGGCCAAGAUCAGAUCAGUUAUUAUUUUUGCAAUAUUUUCAACAAAAUGAACAGUAUAUUCGAAUAUGAAUCUUACUGCUUUGCCAUUUUCAAUUAUCAAGUUUACUCAUGGAAUAUAAACCUAAAUUGUAUUGAAAUUAGAAAUUGAUUUUUGAAUGUUUAUUGUCCCGUUGACUGAGUUCAAAACUUUCUCCCAAGAAUUAUGCAAAAAAUAUUUCAACUGGUUCGCUUAUGGAUAUUUGGAGCACUCGGCCUGUCCUAAUGAUAUGAUCAGAUCAAGUUGAGAUCUGAAGGGUGGUGGCAAGCUAAAAUUUAUUGCUCUGUACCAGAACUGUGAGUUCAGGGAAAUUUAAUAUUGACCCUGUUUCGGGAUGUAAAACAAAUUUUGAUGACCAAAACGCCAUGCUGAGGAAAAUUCGAACCCAGACUCAAGAAUUGUAAAAAAUUUGUCUCGGACUUUGGCAUAUGCAAGUCUUGUUUAAUAGAAUGUAAAAAUCACUUAGUACAUACACUUAGAUAAAAUUUGACUGUUUUUUUUUUAUUAAUCAUAAAUACUGACUUCAGUGAUAAAAUGCCCAACUACGAACCAAACUCACAGUCAUGGCUUCAAUAAUCUUUGGUUAUGCUUCUUUCCUGAUGCGGCACCAACAAUGUAGAUUUCAACCAUCUUUCCAUUUUACACAUCUGACCAGCCAUACUGCCAUUCCAGGCAUGACACAUUGCUUUUGUGAUAAAUGUGAUCGAAACUAUUAUAAUAUGUGGCAUCUGUAUUUCUGGGUGUAACUUUACCCAAAUGCAUUCAUUCAUUCUAGAGAAUUUUCUCUUUCCAUCUUAUUUUUCAUGGCUUAGUCGUAAAAAAGCAUGAUAUUGGUGUAUAGUCACUUUCUUGUUUUGUUUUUCUUUCCAUUGUGCUUUUUUCUUUAUUUUAGCAUCAUUAUUUUGCUACAUUCCUUAUAAUUAUUGGCAUUCCUCUUUGAUUUCAAGCCAAAAGGAUUUUUUUGUUGUUUUUUUAUUAAUUUUUUGUGUGAAUGCCAGUAUAUUUUGUGCCUGCUGAAGAUAUAUAGUGCACAAACGGUAUUAGCAAAAUAAAACAAAUUGUAGAACUUUCGAACUUCUAUACUGCAAAAACAUAUCAUGUUCGGAUCAAGUUUUUCUCUUUUAUCUAGAAAUUUGGAAUUACAUUGUUUUGCCAAUACAGUAUGCACCCUAUAUAUAAUAUCUCUAACAUUGGUUUAUUAUGUCUUGAUGACACAGAAGAAGAAAUUUCUGUAAAAAAUUAUCGACCAUUUCAAUUCCUAUAACAUUGCUUCCAAAAUGACUGUUGCCAGCUUUUACCAUGUUAUGAACACUCGAUUUUUGUUAUCACUUAUAAAGCAUAGCCUUAUCAACAUUAGAUUCAUCCCAUUUGUUGUGUGGAGUACUGAGGUGCCAUAAAAAUAAGAGGCCGUUGUUAGCCAUAUGAUUAAACCAUCUUAUCGCUUUCCUCUCCUCUAGGUCGAAUAUUAAAUUCCUAUCUUAUGUCUUAUUCCACUUGUGAAACAAUUUUAGACCAUGGCAAAUGUAAAUGGCAUGGAAGCAUACAAUAUGUGAAUUUACAAAACACUCUUGGACCGCUGUUAAAAUACCAUUCCUUAACAAUUUGGGAUAACACAUUGUUCACUGUCCUGAUUUGCAAAAAGUAACCUAUAACUGCUUGUCAAGAGUCUUGUUAAGAGCUAAUCGGUGUGUUCAAACACUUUUUGUAAAAAUACAGCAAAUUGAUGUUAUUUUUAACAUUGUAUUUCACUGCAGCAUUUCGUAACCAAUGUAAAUCAUUUAUAUAUAUAUAUGAGCUGGAUGUGGACCAAAUUCUUGUUUGUAUGUUGUUAGAAAAAUACAAUAAUUACACUGGUAUCUCUGAGUAUGUAUAACCUAUUAGUUUUCAUUCACCACGACCCACUUGGCACGACGAAAUUUUUACGUGCCCCUCAUUAAUAAAAAUAAAAAAAAGUGAAAUUGAUAAUACCUCUAAUGAGGCCGAUGUGCUUGCAUAUUCUCGCACAAGAGAUCGAAUUUUAGCUCCAUUUCGAUGAUGAUGUAUCUCCAUACUGGUUCCAAAUCUUUCAAAUUUGGUCAAUAUUUUGUUUUAACAUAAGUUAUUGUCAAAAAAUUUCUUACUGUGUCUCCGAACGAGCCAUUUCGCAACCCACGUUGAGGGUUGCAGAAGACCCCCAAGUUUGAAGAGCCCUGACCUGAAGAAUUAGUUUUUAAACUUUCAUGAUCUGGGGCUCUUGUAAAAUAAACACAUUAUAGAUGUUAGUAAUAUGUGCUUGCUGGGAGCAAAAUGAAUCUACUUUGGAUUCUUCAAGUUCUAACCAAAUAUAACUCAACUGCGCCUUAUUAAAAAACUAGAUUAUUCUAAAACCAGGGGUUCCCACACCGUGGGCCAAAUCUGGCCCGCGUAACGAUUUUAAAUGGCCCGCCGAGCUUAAGUGGAAUUGUGAAACAGAUUUUGUUUCUACCUUUUUGCAAUCUAGAAACCUCCAAUUGUUAUGUCAUUAUCACAGUUUAAGCUCGUGUCUAUCAUAGCAUUUCGAUUAUAUAAGUAUCUCAAUUAUACCUGCCGGUGUUAGGAUUGCAUAGGCAGUAAUUUGGUUUUCAGCCAUGUAAAAAAGGUUCGAAGACUCGAAUUUCUGGAUUGAAAAAGAAAAUCAAACUUACGCGAUUUGUUUUCUUUGCCUACGAACUAUUCCAGUUCUGUGGCAAUACGACAUAAAGCGCCAUUAUGAGUCAAACAAACAUGUUUCUUCCGGCCCGUGAACAUCCUUCCGAUUUUGAUUUUGGCCCGCGGCCAAUAAAGUUUGGGAACCCCAUGUUCUAAACUGUCGAGUUCUCGAUCAUUUCAAACUUAAGUAGCUUUAUACAUGUUAAAAAGUGCUUCUCUAGGGUCCUGUUAGUGUGAAAUAUUGUGGUAACACCUCGGCUUCUUUUUACUGAGAAGUUUUGGUAGUCAGAUACUACUGUAAUUGUUGCAUUUUUCAAAUUUUUUAUUGUGUCGUCAUAAACUGUAUAGCCUUCAGUAGUUUUUAUUUCGUUUUUAUUAUUUUUUCUAUUUCGUGAAAAAUUAUUAAUUGUAAGUAUCAUGCUAUUCCCGUGUUGCCAAAUUGAGCAUGCUUAUUGAUGUUGAGAUUUUCUAAAUAUCACUCUGAAAUAUGGUUUAAAGAGGGUAUUUCUGGCAACACUAAACACUGAUGUGAGAUUUUUAUUGUACAUUCCAUAUUUUAUUCCAGUCCUAACUAUGAACGAAUCCACUCAAAGACUUUAAGAAACCGAUGCGAUAUGUUACGUCAUAGAUAGUGAUGUCAUACAUAGUGACGACUUAAUAUCAUGUGAAGACUCAAGCAACAUUAAGAUAUAUGAAUCUUAUUUAUCAUUCUUUGAGUAUUAAUUCGACAAUUUGUACCUGUAUGUCACCUUCGUAAAUAUCAUUUAGGGAAUCCCCCCUCCCGAUUCAAACUUGUCUGCAUGAGGCUGUCGUGAUUGUAAGCUUAUAGUGACGGAGUUGCCUGGUGAUUAACUACUGCUGUGAAAUAUUAUUUUUUUGAAUCUCAAUUAAAACUAGUGUCGGUACUGAU